AUGGGCGACAUUCCUGACAUCAAAAAAGACCUCCCUAUGGCAAUGACGAUGUCCGCAUUCGCGGGCAUCUCAUGCUAUAUCGGGGUUGAAAUCAACAUCUCUCUCUUCAUGCGUUUCAAGAGGAGGCGCGGGCUGUACUUUUGGUCGUGCGCACUAUGUUCGUGGGGGGUCAUCCUGCAGUCACUGUUCAUCAUACUAGCCGACUUUGGCGUGUGGACGGACUUGAAAGGAUCGAUCACCAUGAUAUAUCUCACCUGGCUGAUCAUGGUGGUGCCACAGAGCUGGGUCCUUUACUCGCGUCUCCAUUUGAUCAUGGACACUUGGCUCCGGUGGGUCAUGGCCGUCUUGGUAUUUGACUCUAUCAUCUUCUCGGUGCCAACCAUUAUCAUGGGCAUCCUUGCUGCAAGUCACCUCCUCUCUCAAGCUGCAAUAGACAAGAGGCCCCUGCUAUAUCAACUCAUUUAUAUUAAUAUCCUCAUUAUUGUGCUCGAUAUUGCCCUCCUUGGCAUACAAUACGCCAGUUUAUUUUACCUGCAAGGAGCGUUCAAGCCAUGCGUUUACGGCAUCAAACUGAAAGUCGAAUUCGUCAUAUUGAACCGCCUAAUCAAGAGCCUAGAGUCGCGGCGUGAGCGCAGGACAUACCGAAGCCACACGUUUGUCAACGCUGGCCGUGGAUCGGCUGACUCGGGGAAGAAGAGCUGGUGGUCGAGACUGGCAGAUUCGCCCAGCCAGCGAGACCGAGAACAACACUUUGGUUCAGGAGAUGUCGGACUGGAAAACUUGGGAGGAGAGUCUUUGCAUAGGCUGCACGGCCAAGGGAGUCAGGAUCCAAUCGUGAAAAGGCUAGGGGUAGAGGCAGCCGGGCUUGCAGAAGGAACUCACAUUGCCCCUGUGCACUGGCAACAUCAGGGAAGUGGAGAAAAGCGACGAUACAAGGGAAAGCUUCGGAAACCGAUACCACUGACGCAGGGCUAA